AUGCAAUACAAUGAAAUACCAAUCAUCAAUGACAACCCUAUCCCUGAGGAGGAUGAGCUUGUACGUCAACAGCUAAAGCAAUUAGGACAGCCUGUUUUUAUAAAUGGCGAAAAUGAUAGUGAUCGAAGGGAAAGACUAUCCAAUUUAGUGAAUGGGGAUUCUAGCACUGAUCCUGAACAGGGUGACGUUGACAAUGACGAUGACGAAGACGACGACAAUGAAGAUGACGAUGACGUGUUUUAUACACCAGGGCCAGCAAACUUGUACGAUGUGAGGCGCCAAAUUCUCAGCGGGUCGUUGAAACUAGCAUCACAACGGCUACAGCGACAACGACACCUUGUAAAAAUCAAUCCAGAGCUUAUACCAUUCUUGCAAAAUAGACGAGACAUGAAUUCAAGACUAUCCGGGAUUGAGCUUUACGGGUCUCAGAUAGUUCACGGAAACACAAGAGCUAUAUCAAGUGUGAGAUACUCGCCUCGUGGAGAUUUGAUUGCAUGUGGAACCUGGGACGGAUCAGUGCACGUCCUCAACAGUAUUGAGUUGAACCCCACCACAAAGCUACUGGGUGGAGAGCACACGGAAAAAGUUGGAGGUGUGGAUUGGAAGGCAAACGAUUCUGGUGAUGUACUAAUCACAGGAGGAAGCGAGGGAACUAUUAAUUUGUGGAAUAUAGAGGAAUCUGAUGAGACGAUUAAACCUAAUCUCUCAAUCAAAGAGGCGCAUUCAAGUAGAAUAACCAAAACUAUGUUCCAUCCGGUUCAAGAUUAUGCAAUCUCAACUUCAUUUGACCAAACAUGGAAGUUGUGGGACAUGAAUAGAGGAACUGAAUUGUAUCAGCAAGAGGGUCACUCGAGGGAAGUUUACAGUGGAGCUAUACACCCAGAUGGGUCCUUGUUCCUUUCAGGUGGGUUGGAUGGUGUAAUUUACGUUUGGGACUUGAGAUCUGGAAGAGCUCUCAUGCCGCUUCAAAAGCAUACACAAGGAAUUUACUGUCUCGAUUGGUCUCCCAAUGGUUACUAUUUUGCUAGUGGAUCUGGUGACUGUUCUGUAAAGAUCUGGGAUAUGAGAAAGUUGGAUCACUCUGGUGAUGAGAUUUUUUCAAUACCAGCGCAUACAAAAUUAAUCAGUGAUGUGAGGUUCUAUGGAGGUGGAGAUAAGGUAAAAACUGAAGGUAUGGACUUAAAUGGGUCAUUCUUGGUGAGCUGUUCCUACGAUGGAACCGUCAAGAUUUGGUCGUCAGAUAACUGGAUCUUAGUCAAUACAUUGAAAGGGCAUAAUGAAAAGGUAAUGAGCUGUGAUAUUGGUGCUAGCACAGACAAGGAGGUUAAUAUAGUGAGUAGUGGCUGGGACCGGACUGUUAAGCUCUGGAAGUGA